AUGCCUUACUCUCUAAAAGGUCGCAAUGUCCUCGUCACCGGCGGAUCUCGUGGUCUCGGGGCGUUGAUCUGCCACUUGUUCGCCAAGGAAGGAUGCAAUGUGGCGGUUAACUACUUCUCGAGCGAGGAUUCAGCAAAGGGUGUUGCGGAGAAGGCGGAAAAGGAGUUUGGGGUUAAGACGUGUUUGAUCCAAGGGAAUAUGGGCGUUGAGGCAGACUGUAUAAGAACCGUCAAGGAAACAAUCGCUCAACUCGGAGGCCUCGAUAUAAUUAUCUCCAAUGCAGGCCAUACACGCUUUUCCAAGUUCUCCGACCUCAAUGCUCCAACGGUCGAGGACUGGGACACCUGCUUCGCCGUCAAUGUAAAAGCGCAGACCUUCCUGAUGCGUGAAGCGCUCCCAACCUUCAACGCUAACCCCGAAGGCGGCGUAUUCAUCAUAACAUCUAGCAUCGCGGGCAUUUGCACUUCCGGAAGUAGCAUGCCGUAUACCGUCACCAAGGCGGCGCAGUUGCAUCUCAUGCUGUGUAUGGCUGCGACACAGGGGCCGAAGAUUAGAGUUAAUGCUAUCAUGCCUGGGUGGUUGGAUACUGAGUGGGGCAACAAGUAUAGCCAAGGACGAAUCAAUGAGGUAAUAGCGAAAUCGUGGUUGAAGAAGGGGACGGAUUUGGAGGACUGUGCACAAACAUUCAUUGAUGUUGCAAGGAACACUUCUAUGACAGGGCAGAAGAUAUCAGUUGACUCGGGUUUGGGACAGGCCUAG